AUGGAUUUACAAAAUGGAUCAUUUAACGUUUUGGAUAUUCUUGCCAGGUUAAGUUUGCAUAAUAAAUCAUUUAACACUAGUUUAUUUCCAGAUGUGGAUAUGUACGAAGUUCCAACCUUUGUAGUUGCCCUGCUUGCUCUUCUAUAUGGUUCCAUAUCAGUUAUUGCUAUUAUAGGUAAUGGUUUGGUGAUUAUUGUUAUAGCCAGAGAUAAGCGCAUGCAAACAGUGACAAAUAUUUUUAUAGCAAACUUGGCCUUUGCAGACGUUAUACUUGGAAUGUUCACCAUACCUUUUCAAUUUCAUCCAGCAUUACACCAAAGAUGGGAUUUUCCCGAAUUUUUAUGUAAACUAGCACCGUCAGUUAAAGUGUUAUCAGUGAGUGUAAGUGUUAUAACAUUGACUGUUAUUUCCGUGGAUAGGUACGUUGCUGUAAUGUACCCGUUAAAAGCUGGUUUUUCAAAAAGCUCCGCCAUUGUGUGUUUAUUGAUCAUUUGGGGACUUGGUUUGGGAUCAUGUUUUCCCGAAGGUUAUUACUACUAUGUCCAUUAUAUGAUUAAUGCUGAACUGAAAUUUGUACUGACAUGUGAUGCUUCUUGGCCAACUGAAAAUUUUGGAAAAUAUUACCAUCUUUAUCUUUUACUAGUACAGUAUCUAUUUCCACUGUUGGUAAUAAAUAUUUCAUACACAAGAAUCUCGUGCAAGAUUUGGGGAACAAAGCAACCAGGAAAUACUGUUGAUAGGGGAAACAGAGACAACGCAAGACAGCGAAAUAAGAAAAAGGUUGUUAAAAUGCUGAUCAUUGUUGUACUGUUGUUCGUGAUUUGCUGGAUGCCCCUACAACUCUACAACUUUAUAAAAGAGAUAUACCCACAAAUAAAUGAAUAUAAAUAUAUCAAGAUUGUAUGGUUCUGCUCAAACUGGUUGGCAAUGAGCAACUCUUGUUACAACCCUUUCAUAUACGGCCUUCUUAAUGAAAAGUUUAAACGCGAAUACCGUCUUAUGUUUUCAAAAUCAAAGUGUAUGCAGAAGCCCUCGUCAGAAAACAAUUCGUCACAGUUUGGAAAUGAUGGCUCGAACGACAUCAAUACGAAACGAAUAACACUGACAUUCAGGCCAAGCCAUAGUCAUGCUGGUGCUCAGUGUAAUCAUAACCUGACGUCAGGUCAUCGUUGUAGCCGUGGAAACGGAUACGUUACAUUUAUUGUAAGAGGAAAAGCUGAAAACUCGUUUUGA